AGGCCUGUUUUGCCCAUCACUAGUACCUAUAGGGUGCCUAGUGCACGAUGGCCAAUCGGAAGUUCGGGCGUGUUUGCUGGUUGGUAUCGGAGUUGUUUAACGAUCGGAACGGAUAAUGGUAGAAACGUGAGUUUAUGGUGCGCACGACGCACGACUACUAUAUACUACCCAAACUAUGAAAUACAGAUAAACUUAGAUAAAAAGAGAAGCACGAGCUGGGCUCUAGUUCUAUGGAAGGCGCGCACGCUUGCACAGCUAGUUCACAUGCUGCCAGAUGCCGUCGAUUGGACACGGUGCGGCGUUGCAUAUCGCAACCGGUCCACUGGUACUGCUGCUCUUGUUAUUGGUGUGUGACCCCGGCGUGUGCCACAGCAAUCGAUACUGCUCCCUCUGCCAGGAUCACGUCGCUUGCGGCAGACCGCGUCAGCUGCACGGUGACUGCCUGCGGUACAGCGAUGUCAACCUGACCGUGCUCACCCACCUGCGGCACGUGAUAACGGGCCACGUGAACCAUCUGCGCGACAAGUUUGCGUCGGGUGCGGUGCGCGGAUUCGGCCAACGAUACGGUCCGAUGUAUGCCGUCUCGUGGGAUGACGAGAUGGCCGACCUGUGCCGGUACAAUAUCAACUCCUGCCGCUUCGCACACGAUCGGUGCCGGGCGACCACCACCUACCCUUACUCCGGCCAGACGCUCGGCAAGCUGACCAAGUGUGUGCGUCAGCAGGGCGCCCGAGAGCUCAGCAUCAACGUCCAGCGGCACGUGAUUCUUCAUCUCGUUGAUCGAUGGUUCGCGGAGCACCGGGACACGGACGAGUCGGACGUACGGCACUACUCACACCGCUCCUCAAAACGCAAGUUCCAGAUAGGCCACUUUUUGCAGCUGAUCAACUGUAACGUGUGCAAGCUCGGUUGCUCGCUGGUGUCGUACCGGGUGCACCGGCCACCGAAGGUAUGCGCUACCUUCAUCCUCUGCUGCAACUACUCAUACAUCAACAUAAUCGAUCGGCCGAUCUGUGGGAUUACACCACAUCGCUCACCCCAAUCCCCUGUCUGCCCCACGCAACCCCAUUACCGGCAUCUGUGCUCUAAAUGCUCCUCUGCUGGGGGUGACGAAUAAAAGCGGC